UCGCAUUGCAGACCUGCGUUCAAUUGAAUCAGGAUUUAAACUCACCGAGAAUGGAAACUUUGUUAUAACGCGCAAUUUGUACGUGUAAAUGUUAGAAAGAUUAUUACAUCUGGACAAGCGAUUGAUAUAUUACAAUUUCUCGUUAUCAUUUCACCCGGCGAUUCGUGUAUUACUUUGCGCGCGGAAAGUGACAAAUGUUUAACUUGAACCGGCGAAAAUUUUCAAAGCGUGAGAGAGACUCGUCCGAGUUCGAUCGUUAAGAAAGGCGUCGCCGCCGUGGAUUGUCGAAAUUAAAAUAAUUUAUAUAAUUCCCUUGUCGCAUUUCCACUCGAAAUUACGCGCGACAUUCACCUCGACAAAUCGCCGCGGAGCAAUCAGAUUACGGAUCGCGACAAUUAAACGCGAUUGAUAAAUGUUAAUAACGCAGGGGACGAUCGCGUUGUGAGAAGCGACGUAAAGACACGCGGGACACCCGACUCGCUCGACUAGGCCGCGCCGAAUGAUUCGGCACAAUAAGACUUGUUUUUGACCGAGGUGUUUACGACGCUACGUAGUUUCUUGGAAUCAGAGCUCGGUCGCUCGGCAAAAACAAUAGGUCACGCCGUACGCACGAUCAUUCACGCGGCGACAGUCGAACGAGACGGUUUGCGGUGCUCCUCAAUGUCGUAUUAUUCUUCCUCGAUACGCGUUCGCGACAACCGUGGCCGGAAAUAAUUCUACAAGAUUCUACAAAACUAUAAAGUAUAACUGCCAGAAUCUAACAGAUUCUACGUAAAUUUGCAAAGUGUUAUGAAAAUCAGCAUUGAAAAUGCUAGAAUUGGAACGCUUUUGUAAUAUUCCACAACAGAAUCAAUGCUGGCCAGAAUGCAGAAGUUUCAAAACGUCGACGGCGUUUUCUAAAAGAAAAGCAACCAACAUUGACGCCGUGUAACUGCUGCACGACGGAGGGUCCCUUUUAAUCGGGUGUCGAGUUUCCCGAAGCCGUAGAAAUUCGAUUCGACUCGGUCCUUGAAACAAAGUGCGCUCGCCGCGCAUUUUUUCCCCUGACAGGAGGCGACAAGCGAGGGAUGCGGGUCUCGUCGACAAAUGUCAGGGAGUCUCCGUCUUACCGUCCUUCGACGGCGCGAGGAUGGAUUGGCGAAACGAGGAGUCGUCUGAUCAGUCGAGCGUCGAGAACCUGAAGUGGGAUGAGAACGAUCAUCCUGCGGCCAGGACGAAGGAUCCUGCCGCCGUCGCCGCAGCCGCUCUGAACCGCGACGUUUGCUCUCAAGGAGUUCAGGUUGGAAUUGGAAUUUGCAAGGACAUCGGGAAUUUUACGUCCGCUUUGGAAAACCUGGAGCUCGGGACGCGGAAUCACCCGGGAUUUAGAACAAGUGACGUGCAGACAGAUUACUUCAAUGAUUCGGAGCAGGAGGAAACCGGGCCGGUCUUCAAGACGAGAGAAAAAUCUACCUUUCAAUUGGUGGUUCAGGGACCAGAGAUUUUAAUUUUCCAGGGCAUCAGGCAUUCCCCCGCGGAUAUCGCGCCCUAUUGGAAGAAGGACUCUCGGAUGUGGCUGUGGAAGUCGAUCAGGCUCGCGAGAAGACUGAAAAGAACCAAACCGAAUACUACUGCGGGCGUUUUGUAUCGCAGGGAUCUUUCGUAGCAUAGAUUUUAUUCGAUCGUGUACAUACGAGUUUUUGAAUCAUAAUUUAAUUUUUUUUUUAUAUUCGAAUACAUUUUAACAUUGAAAUAAUGUUAGCGACGCGUAUGAAGUAUUCUUUUGUAUUCAUCGCAAAAUCAAUAUAAAAUGGGGAUAUUGAAGAGGACGUAGAGUGCAAGAGAAA